CUAAACAAAUUUAGCGCUGGACAAAUUAACGAAAUCCAGCCCAAACCGACCGAACCAUGUGGCCCCGUAGACACCGGUUCGGGUGAGUCGGUUUUUCGGUUUGACGGUUUGAAUAAUCUUGGGUUCACAUGGGUUAAACCGGUCGGUUUAGGUUUGAAUUUAUGGACCCGAUGAUAUCCUAAACCGACCGGUUCAGUAGAAAUCAUGUUAUAGCCACUUCUUCGCUAGGGUUCAGUAGAAACAGCAACGUUAGGGUUCAUCACUUCUCUCAGUCUCAAAUCUCAAUUCAUUAGUUCCACUUCUUCGUGAGAUUCAUACGCACAAACAGCAACGUUACUCCGCUAGGGUUCAUCAUUCUCUCAGUUCGUGGUUUCAUUGUUUAACGAAGAACCGUCGCCGUCCAUUAUUCAACCACAAAUCACCACCGAUAUUGAUUUUGAAGGUGUUGUCGGUAAAUAUUGUUCCUACUCAGCUCGCCGACAACUUCCGGAAUAAGAAGCCUGAGGAAAAUUAUUGGUGCGCGUUGGUAUAUUAAAGGAUAUGAAGUAGAAUUCGAUGGAGCGCGGCAAAAGUAGCUUGCAAGGAGUUGGAGUUCCUAGCUUGCAACUGUGUAAACAAUUGCAACCCAAAUGAUACAUCGAACGUAGCCCAAAAAUUCCGCUGAACAGAAAAACCAUAUGCAGAGGUGUCUACAUUUUUAGCACAAGAUUAUAUUCCAACUUUGCAUUGCAUCUCUAACUUACUUCAAGUGGAAAACUCCAAUGUCUGACCCCUACUGACCUUGUUCCCUUAUUUAAGUUGCCGAUUUACUUGCAGUUGACAUCCAUUUCAACUUUGUGAUUCAAUAAGACAAGCCUUUCUUUUUUGGAGUCAUUUUUUGAAACUAAGGAUGGUGAAGAGGAGGUGAAGAACAGUCUCUAGGGCGUUCAAGAUUUGGUACUGGAAAUGCAGGUCAGGGGUAUACUUUUGAAGAGGUCAAGGUUCUUUUUCUAGUAGUUAUGGACCUCUGUCGCCGAACUUCUGGUCUGCAACACCCCUUGCCAGUUUCUCAGGUGGGGAGCAGCAACAUUCAGGUUCGUUUGCAUUAUAUUGAUGGGAACUACACUGUACUGCCAGAGGUUGUGGAAGCAUCCCUUGGCCCACAUAUGCAGGUAACUUUCUGUUUUCUCAUUUCAAAGUUAGUGUGUCUGGUAGACAAAUGGAACUAGUUAUGAGUUUUAUUUCACAAGCAUGAUGCAUUAUUUCCACUAGUUUAAGAUGCCACUCAAUUCAUGAUUUGAAAAUAUGAUGCAAGAAUGAUAGAAAUGAAUGAAAUAGGGGUCUGGUACUGCAGUAUGGAAGACUGGCCUUGAAGGGGUCUGGUACAAGGUAUGAAAAGAAGUCUUGUACAGUUUUUCAUUUUUUUUCUUCUUGUACUUGUGUAUGCAUAGUAACCAACAAGGUAUGACCAUCUGGGAUAUAGAAUAUUCCUUAGCCCGAAGCACUUGUGAGCACGAGGUUUGUUGGAAUCUUGCAUUGUGCAAGUAACAUGCUUAUGCAUUAAAAACUGAAUGAACUCUUAUCUAGAAUCAUGUUUUCGUUUUUAUGUCUGAUGAAAUGAAAAUUUCUAUUGUGAGCAGUAUGGAGUAACAUGCUGACCUAUAUCUGUUCAAAUGAGUCAUUAUAUGGUUCCUUAACAGAAGCUUUUUGCAUAGCCAUAUUAGAGGCUGCUAGCUGUGGAUUGUUAACAGUCAGCACGCGUGUCGGAGGUGUUCCUGAGGUUGUACCAGAUGACAUGAUUGUUUUGGCAGAACCUGAUCCAAGUGAUAUGGUGCGCGCAAUCCAAAGGGCAAUAACUAUGCUGCCUAAAAUUGAUCCUCAAGUCAUGCACAAUCGAAUGAGGGAACUCUAUAGUUGGCAUGAUGUUUCCAAAAGGACCGAAAUUGUAUAUGACCGUGCUCUGAAGUGUUCCGAUCAAAACCUACUUGAACGUCUCUCACGAUACCUCUCUUGUGGAGCAUGGGCAGGAAAGAUCUUUUGCUUGGUUAUGAUCUUCAAUUUUUUGCUAUGGCAUCUACUGGAACUAUGGCAGAUGAAAUUGAGGAGGCGCCCGAUGUUAUUCUUUCGCGCAACUGCGAUGGAUUGGAGGGAUGUUGCAGAAAAUACAACAAUGCAGAAAAUUACAAUAGUAGUGAUACUAAUAAUAUUUCAUAGGAAAAAAAUGCUGACAUGAUUCGACGAUUCUGCUUCAAAUGAGUCAAUUAAGCUCCCAUUUCCGAAAAAUGCAGCAAUUUCAUAAGUUUUAAGAUAUAUUGUUUUAUUUUUUUGUUCAUAAGUAAACUAAAAGUUUAAAGACUAGUAUAAAAUUAUGCUAUUUAAAUCCUAGAUAAAAUCCACUUGUGUUGGGUUUA